ACAGCGAAAUAUAAAUAAAUAAAAGCUAAUCGAAUAUUAUUUUGAUGAUGAAUGAAAUCUGCAGAUUUUGUUUGAAUAAAGAAUGCAGCCAAAGUAUGAGUGAAUUAACAAAAAAUAGUCGAUUGACCCAAAUUUUAUAUAAAUAUUUUUUAUUAGAGGUUUCGCUAAACAGUAAUUUGCCAAGACAAGUAUGCACUGCUUGUACCAUUAAAAUUAAUGACUUUGCAUCAUUUAGAGAAAAAAUUAUAGAGAAUGAAAGGGUUUUACUUAUGGAAGUAUCAAGAUUUAAAAAACAGCAAAGUAAUUUAAAUGAAACCUGUGAUAUAAUAAGUGAAAAUGAAAAUUUGCCAUCUGAUACUAAUGAAUAUGCAGCAGAAACCUCCAACAAUAUUAUCAAAGCAGAAAAAACAAAUGAUACCAUAGUAAAAAUAGAAUCAAAUGAUAAAAUUAAAGAUUUUCAACCUAAUCUAUGCUUAAUGUGUUUUAAAUCUUUUUCAACAAGAAAUAAGCUAUUUAAACAUUAUUUAGAAAAGAAACCAGAUAUUAAAUUGGAAAUAGAAAGUGGAUUUAUUGAUGCACAAUUCAAAAGCAAUCAAGAGCAAAGGAGUUCUGAACAUACUGUGUCAUUUGUAUGUAAAAUAUGUGGUAAAUUGUUCAGCGAUGCAUAUGGCAUUUUGAAUCAUGGCAAAUCACAUAGUACUAAUAAAUUCUCUUGCUCAUUCAAAUGUGGCUACAGUAGUGGGUAUAGUCAUGUACUUAAAAAUCAUGAGAAAACACACACAAAAGAAUAUAAGUAUACAUGUGUGGACUGUGGAAAAGGCUUUCAUGUGAAAACAUGGUAUGAUCAACAUCAAAAUAUACAUAAAGGCAUUAAGGAUUAUGUAUGCAAUAUCUGCGGAGCUAGCUUUCACAUGGAUCGAUAUUUAACAUCUCACAAAAUAUCUCUUCAUCCAGAAGUGUGUACAAAGAAGCGUUAUAUAUGUAUGUAUUGUUCUGUGGAAUUUGGAUCAAAGGGAAAAUUUAAUUUACAUUUACAGGAUCAUGGUAUUAAAAAUGAAUUCCUAUGCGAUCAAUGUGGUAAAGUUAUGAAAGAUAAGAAGGGGUUGACUGCCCAUAGGCUUCAGCAUUCUACACAUAGACCUUUUGUUUGUGGGAAAUGUGAUAAAUCAUUUGCAAAGAAAUAUAAUUGGAAAAUUCACUUACGUAGUCAUAGAAAUGAUUUAAGUGAUAAGUUUGAAUGCGACAUUUGCAUGAAGACAUUUACACAACGAAGUGCUCUAAAUAGACACAAAAAAAGCAAACAUGACAAACAGCAGAUACCAGAAGCACCAAAGACUGAAGUCUGAUUUUUUAAAAUAAAACUAAGAAGUUAACAUUGUUUAAUUAGCCUGUGUUAUCUCAACAUUUGUGUUAAACUGCAUAGAUUCGGCUAACAAAAUUUAGUUAAUGGUUUUUCGUCUUAACGAACAUGGAUUUUGUUCAAUUAGAGAACAUAAUAUUAUGUAAUGCAAGUCCGAGUCCCUAAUACGUGGCUAGUAGCCUAAAAUGAAUGAAUUUUAAAAUAAUUAUGUUAAAGAAUUAUAAGUUUACAAUACAUAGUUUCAAUCCGGAAAAAGUGUUUCCUUUAAA